AACCCCAGAGGAGCUCGGCCUGCGCUGCGCCACGAUGUCCGGGGAGUCAGCCAGGAGCUUGGGGAAGGGAAGCGCGCCCCCGGGGCCGGUCCCGGAGGGCUCGAUCCGCGUCUACAGCAUGAGGUUCUGCCCGUUUGCUGAGAGGACGCGUCUGGUCCUGAAGGCCAAGGGAAUCAGGCAUGAAGUCAUCAAUAUCAACCUGAAAAAUAAGCCUGAGUGGUUCUUUAAGAAAAAUCCCUUUGGUCUGGUGCCAGUUCUGGAAAACAGUCAGGGUCAGCUGAUCUACGAGUCUGCCAUCACCUGUGAGUACCUGGAUGAAGCAUACCCAGGGAAGAAGCUGUUGCCGGAUGACCCCUAUGAGAAAGCUUGCCAGAAGAUGAUCUUAGAGUUGUUUUCUAAGGUGCCAUCCUUGGUAGGAAGCUUUAUUAGAAGCCAAAAUAAAGAAGACUAUGCUGGCCUAAAAGAAGAAUUUCGUAAAGAAUUUACCAAGCUAGAGGAGGUUCUGACUAAUAAGACGACGACCUUCUUUGGUGGCAAUUCUAUCUCUAUGAUUGAUUACCUCAUCUGGCCCUGGUUUGAACGGCUGGAAGCAAUGAAGUUAAAUGAGUGUGUAGACCACACUCCAAAACUGAAACUGUGGAUGGCAGCCAUGAAGGAAGAUCCCACAGUCUCAGCCCUGCUUACUAGUGAGAAGGACUGGCAAGGUUUCCUAGAGCUCUACUUACAGAACAGCCCUGAGGCCUGUGACUAUGGGCUCUGAAGGGGACAGGAGUCAGCAAUAAAGCUAUGUCUGAUGUUUUCCUUCACUAAUAUGAAUAAUAGCAUGCUUUUAUUUUACCAAGGGUUCAGGUUGCAUGGGAUCAUCUUCUCUGACUGAUGUGACAUCAACAGCCGAACGGUGGGGUCUCCUUAACGCCCCCCUACAGAAAUGAAAAUGCAUUUCCUGUCUCAGGAUGCUGAAACGACUCUGAGGGUUCUAUCACAGUCCAUGCUGAAAACCCCCAAAUUAUCAUCUUUAGCAAAAUCUGGACUUGAAUCUUUUUUUUUUUUGAGACGGAGUUUCACUCUUGCUGACCAGGAUGGAGUGCAAUGGCCUGAUCUCAGCUCACCGCAACCUCCGCCUCCUGAGUUCAAGCGAUUCUCCUGCCUCAGCCUCCUGAGUAGCUGGGAUUACAGGCAUGCGUCACCACGCCUGGCUAAUUUGUUUGUAUUUUCAGUAGAGAAGGGGUUUCUCCAUGUUGGUCAGGCUGGUCUCGAACUCCCGACCUCAGGUGAUCCGCGUGCCUCGGCCUCCCAAAGUGGCAUGAGCCACCGUACCCGUCCACAAUCUAACUUUAUAACUGCUCACAGGAAAUACCCACUCAGUUACCCUGUUGUGUGAUUUCAUGAGAUGCUCUCUUGUUGCUUGUCUUCUGGUUUCUUAGUUGAGAAGCUUUCAAUUCCUCCUUCUUUCAUUUCCAUCAUCAACUUAAUUUCACAUUCUCUCUGUUGUUGGCACUGAAGACCAGACGCGCAUUAGCCCAAAGCUGGGUGGCUGGGCAGACUCCUAUUUGGUCUCCCUGUCUCUAACCCCUUCAAAUCCUUCCUAUCAAAUCCCAUGUUGGGCACACAGGUGGUGUCCCAUUUAUGUAAUUAAAUACUGUGUAUGCUGCAUCAGUCAA